AUGGCACCCAGCUUCCCAGACUUCCUUGGAUUGUCUCCAAUAACAUAUGCCGUCGGCUCAGGCGUCGCCCUCCUACUCGCUAUUUUCCUCUGGAUACAACAGAAAUCAAACUUGGUGUUGGAUCCUCGCGAGCCACCACUCUUCAAAUCAAGGAUUCCAAUCAUCGGCCAUAUAGUGCGAAUGUGGCGCGAUGGAGGCGGCUACUACGUGGAUAUCUAUCGUCGUUUGGGCACCAAAACCCACGCUGUGACGCUGAAUAUCUUGGGCCAGAAGUUAUACGUUCUCUUGUCACCUUCCAUUGUCCAGGCAGCUUUUCGAAACAGAUACCUCACAUCAGAGCGGUUCAAUGUCCAGGCCGCCACCGGUGUGGUUGGUCUCAGUGCCCGGGGCAAGUAUCUACUCGAGCAUAGCAAUCUGCUUCAGGACUUUUACCGCAACAUGCCACUGGCGGUAGGACCGGAACCGUUGCGCAACAUGACGUCAACGGCACUUAAGACUUUAUCAGCAGAUCUCAACGAGCUUGCUGCUUCUAGCUGUAAGGCUGGAAAGGGGCCGAUAGAUCUCUACCGUUUCCUACGUGACAGGCUCGUCCUGGCUACCACUGACGGGCUCUAUGGCACCAAAACGAAUCCGGUACGCAUUAAAACUGAGCUUGUACAGGACGUUUGGACUUUCGACGAGGCGAUGUUCACCCUCUUCUUCAACAUCGCCCCCAAACUCACUGCACCAGCAGGCCACAAAGCCCGCGGUCGUUUGCAAGAAGUUCUCAUCGAAUACUUCCAAAAAUAUCCGGAUGAUUCGAGCUUCCCAGACGACGCUGCAGAACUCACGCGCAUGCGCGCACGUCUUCUGAGGAUGUACGGAAUGACUGACGUUGACGUUGGUAAUAUGGAAAUCGGCAUGAUCAACGCUGCCGUCGCAAAUACCGCGCCAAUUCUCUUUUGGAUGGUCGUCAAUAUCUUUUCCAGGCCCAAAGUUCUUGCUAAUCUGCGUGCGGAGGUCGAAAACCUGGUCGAGGUCACCGAUGGGACGGCCACCCUGUGCGCCUCCCAGCUGACGGAUCGCAACCUCUGCCCUUACGUGGCGGCCGUGAACCACGAGGUCAUGCGGCUCUGCGACUCGGUGACCGGAACGCGUUUCGUAGAUGAGGACAUCACCCUGCCCGACGGUACGCUCCUGAAAGCUGGAGCGUUAGUUCAUAUGCCCUCGGCGGUUGCGCAUCGAAUGGAGGAGACUUGGGGAUCGCAUGAUCCCGAAGACUUCAACCCGGAACGGUCGCUCCGCCGUGUAUCCGAAAAUAGUAAUCCGGGAGAAGUCAUAUUUUCGGAACCCUUAGCGCAGAGAAAGGCGUUCUGGCCGUUUGGUGGCGGCAAACAUCUCUGUCCUGGUCGGAACUUUGCCUUCGCCGAGAACAUCACAUUCCUUGCGGCAUUAGCUGUCGGGUUUGAAGUGAUGGGUCUUGAUGUCGACACGAUACCCCAAUGCGGUUAUGCUAACCUGACCGGGCAGAGCGUGCCGAAACCGAAGCAACCUGCCAAGGUGACAUUUCGACAGAGAAAUGGCUGGGAAAAUGUUAAAUGGCGACUGAUUGCAUAA